AUGAUUUUGUAUUUAAACGAAAGUAAAAUCGAAUAUGAUAAUAGAAAACAGACUCUACUUUUAACACGAAAAAAUCUGUCAUCAUCAUCUGCUUUAUUUGCGUUAAGUGUCAAAGUUUCUGCACAAACAAACAGAGAAUCAAUAAACAUGGUUAAUAAACAAGCAAAUAUGAGUAAAUGUACAAAAAUGCGGUCAUUCCGUUUUACAUACAUGCUUCAUCGUAUUAUGAACGUAUUCAUUAGCAUUUUCCUUCUUCGAUCGUCUUUUAAAUCAUUCUACUUGCCUUUCAAAUCAUUAAUUUAUUUUAUAAAUGAUGUGUAUUCAUUGAAAAGAGAUGAAUUUGCCAUGGUUUACUAG